GAUGCAUUUCAUACCACUACAAAUUCCCCUCCUUUGUCCUCAGACUGAAGAACUACUUAUUCUUAUCACCGCUGCAUGACUCUUCUGCCUUCCACACUCAUCCUCCCCUCCCCUCCUUGCCACCUUCUUCUACACUCGCCACUUAAUCUACCAUCAUCAUGAAGGCUGCCCGCCGUCCUAUGCGGGUGCUCUCGAGCGUCCCCUCUACAUACUCGUCCGCCAGAUACGUUAGCCGCACCAGCAACCCCAAAUCUUCUGCCGCUGCGUCCUCCCCCACCAACAACCUGUUGCAGCAGCAGGCUGCCGUUCCCUCCCACGAUGCCUCGGGAUCUCCCCUGGCUAAGCUCCCCAUCUCCUCCGUCCUGCGGUCGCUGGUGAUCCUCUCCGUCUCCUCUUCCACCCUCCUGUUGAAGCCGUGCAUCUUUGCGCUCUCGACCCUCGCGCACCCCAAGACCCCCGUUCUGGACGUCGCCAAAAACCCUCUGUUGAACGCGCUCGUCAAGCACACUUUGUACAAGCAGUUCAACGCCGGUGAGAACAAGCUCGAGGUGCAGCAGUCAAUCCAGGCCAUCAAGCAGUUGGGCUACCGGGGUGUUCUGCUGGGUUACGCUCGCGAGGUCCUGGUGGGUGAGGGCAAUGUCGACCCUCGCGAUGAGAAGGCCGCGCGGGCGGAGAUCCAGACCUGGCUGGAUGGUACCCUGCAAACCGUCGACAUGGCCCAGGAAGGCGACUUUGUGGCCCUGAAGUUCACCGGUAUGGGUACUCAGGUGCUCGAGUUCUUGCAGAAGCAGGCUGCUCCCUCCGAGUUCAUGGAUUACGCUAUCACAAAGGUCUGCGACCUGGCCAUCUCGCGCAACGUGCGCCUACUCGUCGAUGCCGAGGAGCAGGCUGUGCAGCUGGGUAUCGAGAAGUGGGCUCUGAAGUACCAGAAGUACUGCAAUGCGAAGACCCCCGGCCACGCCAUUUUCUACAACACUUACCAGGCCUACCUCCGCUCGACCCCGGCCACCAUUGCCAAACACCUUGAGGUUGCUCGCCAGGAGGGUUACACUGCUGGUGUGAAGCUGGUCCGUGGUGCUUACCUGAAGACCGAGCCUCGCCACCUGAUCUGGGCUGAGAAGGAGGAGACUGACGCCUGUUACGACGGUGUCGUCGAGGCUCUCCUGACUCGCCGCUACAACUCGAUGCUGCAGCCCGCCUCCGAGGAGCACAAGACCGAGCUGCCCCCUGUCAACGUUAUCAUCGCCACUCACAACCGGGAUUCUGUCCGCAAGGCCCACGCCAUCCGUCUUCAGCAGGCUGCUCGCGCCGAGAAGCAGGGAGUUGAUCUCAGCUAUGCCCAACUUCAGGGUAUGGCCGACGAGGUCAGCUGCGAGCUCUUGCAAGGCUUCUCCAGCGCCGAUGGCCCCGCUUCCCAGGAGACCCCGAACGUGUACAAGCUUCUGACCUGGGGCACUGUUAAGGAAUGCAUGGGCUUCCUGAUGAGACGUGCUGUGGAGAACACCGAGGCGGUUGGCCGUACCAAGCAGUCGCAGGAGGCUAUGCUUGGAGAGCUCAAGCGCCGCGCUCGUCGCGUGUUUGGCUUCGGUAACUGAUGUUGUUCUAUGAUACCUCUUGACUCGCAUAUUUGUUUUGGUUUUUAGCCUUUUGGCGCAUUGUGUGGUUUUGUUAGCUGAUUCCCUAAGCGUGAGCAUGCAUGUAGAUGGCGUUAGAAAUCUG